GAUGGGAAGGAGGCGGAAUAAUGCGAGAACUAGUGUGUGAACCGCGCAGGUCUAUGACACACUGAUCUCCCCUGACAUUCCCGGCCUGGCCAACCAGGCGCUGACACCACCGGCGCCGCACUGAACGGCCGACAAAGAACCCGACUGGUGAUUCCAACAUGUCGCAGACAGCCAUGUCAGAAACGUACGAUUUUCUUUUCAAGUUCCUGGUUAUUGGAAAUGCUGGUACUGGGAAAUCCUGCCUGCUACACCAAUUUAUCGAGAAGAAAUUUAAAGAAGAUUCCAAUCACACAAUAGGAGUAGAAUUUGGUUCAAAGAUUAUAAAUGUUGGUGGUAAAUAUGUGAAAUUACAGAUCUGGGAUACAGCAGGACAAGAGCGAUUUAGGUCUGUUACUCGGAGCUAUUACAGAGGAGCUGCUGGUGCUUUACUUGUUUAUGACAUAACAAGUCGAGAAACUUACAAUGCCCUUACCAACUGGCUAACAGAUGCUCGAAUGCUGGCUAGUCAAAACAUUGUAAUAAUCCUUUGUGGGAACAAAAAAGACUUAGAUGUCGACCGUGAAGUUACAUUUUUGGAAGCGUCUCGAUUUGCACAAGAAAAUGAACUGAUGUUUUUGGAGACUAGUGCGCUUACAGGAGAAAACGUGGAGGAAGCGUUUGUACAGUGUGCUAGAAAUAUACUAAACAAGAUUGAAUCAGGUGAACUUGAUCCUGAAAGGAUGGGGUCAGGCAUUCAAUAUGGGGAUGCUGCUUUGCGACAGCUUAGAUCACCGCGUCGCGCACAAGCCCAAAGUGCUCAGGAAUGUGGCUGUUAGAAUUUGUUCUUAAAGAUGCAAGGUGUAUAUACGAAUUUAGGACUAUUUCUGCAAUUCUCCCUACUACUUGUUCUGUAGAACAAGAAAGGACUUGUUGAGAAACGGCACAAGUGAAGCAAGUAGUGUGGUGAACACUAAUGGACAGCUGACUGCAAACAAUCCAUAAAUGUCUGAAAUAAUUUACUGGAUAAUACUGAUUCCUUUAUGUACUGUAUCUAUACAUUUUUGUAUUGUAUAUUGCUCUGUCUGCGCCUAACUUGUAAUUUGUAACCAACCUUAAUCCUUAGAGGUUCUUUUUAUGAGCAUGGCCUGUAAGAUAUUUUUUUCUUUCCUUCGUUCGUAAUCCGUAUAAGAGCACAGAAGGGCAGAUUUACAAAGCUAAAUUUGUCACAAUUGUGCCUCAAUUUGCA